AUUUCCGACAGUCUGUGAAUGCAGCAGUAACAUGCACGGUAACCAGGGCGGUUCAUGUUUGAUAGAGCUGGGCGUGGGCUCGACACUCCUCAUCCCCGCUGCUCUCUGUGGAAGCACAUUGUUCAACGCGGGCUCCUUUUACCCAGAACCAAUGAAUGCCUCGGUGCAUUUUAGCUCCUGAAAACGGAACACUUUAUCGGAUAUAAUAAGGUGUAGAUAUCCGAAGACGACGGGAAGCGGACCGAGAACAUUGUGUGUCCUUCUGAAUACAGCGGACAGGCAACAGAGUUGAAAGAUUUGUUCUUCUUCUCCGGUAGACGAAACGUCGCUCUUGUAGCUAAUUAGAGCUCUGCUUGUUCAGUGGUGUUUGUGUGGUGAGUAGCAGCGGCAAAGAUGACGGAGUAUAAGCUGGUGGUGGUGGGAGCUGGAGGCGUGGGCAAGAGUGCACUCACCAUCCAGCUCAUCCAGAACCACUUUGUGGAUGAAUAUGACCCCACCAUAGAGGACUCGUACAGGAAACAGGUUGUGAUUGACGGGGAGACCUGCCUGCUGGACAUCCUGGACACUGCAGGUCAGGAGGAGUACAGCGCCAUGAGGGAUCAGUACAUGAGGACAGGGGAGGGCUUCCUCUGUGUCUUCGCCAUCAACAACACCAAGUCUUUUGAGGACAUUCACCAGUACAGAGAACAGAUCAAACGUGUAAAGGACUCAGAUGAUGUCCCGAUGGUGCUUGUGGGAAACAAAUGUGACCUCCCGGCACGCACGGUGGACACGAGGCAAGCCCAAGAACUCGCCCGCUCUUACGGCAUCCCUUACAUCGAGACCUCUGCCAAAACACGACAGGGAGUAGAGGACGCCUUCUACACACUGGUUAGAGAGAUCAGACAGCAUAAGCUGAGGAAGCUGAACCCACCUGACGAGAGCGGUCAGGACUGUAUGAGCUGUCGCUGUGUGGUGUCGUGAUGCAGCUGACUGUUGCAUGUUGAGGAGAAAUGCUACGGUGUGUAGUGGCAGCAUGGACUUAAAGAUAGAAAGUUAAAACAACAAUGAUGAAAUAUAAACUUUUUUCAAAAAGAGGAGGAUUGAAGCAAAAGCUCUCAAGGAAACCACCAGAGCUGACUGAACCAUAGACCUUCAUGGAAAGGGGGAUUUGGACUGUUGCCUAUGUGGCUAUCUGAACUAGUCCGGCCCGGUCCCUUUUUUUUGGUCCACGUGUCGACCUGUGAGCAACACCACUAAUGACUCUUUGUCACCUCCAGUGUGGUCCUGCUGGAUGGCUCAACAAGUUUCCUGCUAACUUAUUGUUUUCAGUCUCAACACUGGUCUUAAAGGGGGUGUCUCUGACCUCCUCCCACCUUGAAAGCCUAAUUCCACUCCACCCUGCCUGCCCACUGGAAGAACUGACUGACUUAAAUGGAAAGGACUGGAACAUGAAUCCCCCCCCCCACACACACACACACACACACACACACACACACACACACACACACACACACACACACACACACACACACACACACACACACACACACACACACACACACACACACACACACACACACCACAUCGCCCUCUACCUGCCUUUGGUUUCACUUGAAUGGCUGUGCAGAGUAGACCCUUCAUUAUACUGGAUACAGGGGUGGAGGCUGACAUGGGAAUGACUAUAAUUUGUUGUUUAACUGUUAGCCUAGCUGUACAAAAUCUUUGAUUUAUUUUUUUUUUAUAUGAAACAUUUUGUUUGUGAUUGCAGAAUUUGAAAGUCACAGAGCAAUAUGUGAGUUAGGGCGUUCAUUACAGAUGACACCUGGCUUGACAUUUUUCAUGACCUGCCUGACGUAGUAAUUUCUUGAUAUAAAGAUGAAUUUCCAGAAUGCAGCUGCGUUCUCUCCUUUCAAGUGUGUUCUUUGCUACAGUCAGAGUUGUCUUUGUGUAAUAAUAAUAGUAAUGGCUAAUGUACGUAGGUUCUGGUGCGAUAGGAUUAUUUACUGUUCAAUUCACACAAAGUUUUGAACCACCUCUCAUUGCUCCUUGUUUUACUUUGGCUUGGGGAGGGGUUUGUGUCUGUGGGAAGGUUGCCUGUAGAACUAGGAGGAAAACCCUGCACUUGUACAGUCAUACAAUGACGGGUUAUGGUUUUAGACAAAAUGACAACUGGUUUUCAUUUCUGUAAGUAUUUGCUAUACAGCUCUCAUUUACCACAUGGUGAUAACAGCUAUUUUUAGAUCGCAAGAAUCACUCCUUGUGGAUAUAAGGCUCAGGAAUCAGGGUCCAGGAAAGUCUCAACGGUCAACAGUCCUGGAAGCCAGGGUUAAGGAUGUCACCAAUUGGCUUUGCAGAGUGUAACGCACAAAGUCUGGCCUUUUCCUCACACCAUGCGCUCUUCAAACCGCUCCUCUUUCUCUGCCACCUCAGUUUUGCAAUGGAACAAGAACAGGUCAGGUGCUACUCAUGUCGGAACCAUAUUUACUGUAUAUCUGGGACUAUAGUGUGUAAUAGGUGAUGGAUAUUGGGUUAUGGGAGUGCGUCGCUUUGUUAAAUUAAUACUGACUAGCUUGUGCUCUCCACAACUGCAUUAAUUUGCUGCCUAAAUGGAAAAAGACUGCUCUGGAUUUACUUUGCCUUAUCUUUUAGCUAGUUUGUACCUCAUGUAUGCAGCGAGCUCUGCCUGAGACGAAUAUGUGUUCUGCUGGCUGCAUUGUUUUGUUUGUUUGAUUGUGUGCAACUAAUAACAAAAAAAAAUAGAAGUGUGCUGAGUUUAGACAUGUGCUGAAUAGAACUUGGAAGACAAGGAGAGUCCCUGAAAACACUACACUGAUUUUAAAGAAGGGCUUUUCUGUCAUCGCAUGUGACUGUUUAGCAAGAAUGUAAAACAGUUUAAGAGCCCAGUAUAUGCCCGGUUGUCUUGCCCGUCAUGGUCUUAUGAAGUUUCCUUCUCAAUACAUUGGAACGUGUGAUGAUGAUUACUAGAAAUUGAUACUUUAAGUGGAGGUUAUACUUGACCAAUUCAGAGAAUUGGUAAUGUAUGGUAAUGUGUAGAGUUCCAGACACUACAGGCAGGUUUUAGCAACAUGCUUCAAGUGCAAGCCUCAGAGAAAAUCCCAGACUUCUUCCACGAAAGACGUUGCAUGUUAUUUUUGCCUUUUUAUCUCCUGUCAAGGGAAACAAAAUGUUUAUUUCUAACCUAAUUGAUUUUGUACAGUUUAAGGUUCACUCAUAACAUGGCUUAAACAAAUGUGAUCAGUCUGGUUAGUGUGGAUGGUUGUCCAGUUGUUUUUAUCAGUUGAGUGUUCAUUUCUCUACUUGGAGGAAGGAUAUGAACUGUGAAUGUGUUUUGAGUCUUUAGAUAUGUUUAAUAGACGCCUUGUGUUUAAAAUUUACAAUAUUGUAAUAAUGCAGGAGUGGAUCCUUGGUCCCACUUUCGGCUGUGUUGUUCCUAACUUUUUAUUUUUUUCACCCAUUGUGCUAAAAAAAAAAAAAAAAAAAGGUGUGGCGUUUGUAACAUGUAAUUCCAGUCCUGAUAGUAUGCUUGUCCUCUCCCUGUCAAUCUUUAAACAGUACAUCCAUGGUAAUGCAUAGAAUUCCACAAAUCUUUGUAUUAAAAUUCCUGUUUCAUUAACUAUCUGCAUCAUGUUGCCACCGGCAUACUCCAGCCAGCAAACAAUAAGUAUACAUGUCAGAAAACCUAGAGCGCAUGACAGACUGUACGGACCACACGGGGUUUUGCACAAGGAUACAGUGGGCUCAAGGGCUUAUUUCUCCCUUGCAAACUGUGGAUGGAGGCGUGGAAGGAAUUUAUGAAAAUGACAACUGUUUAGCUAUUUAAGAUGUAUUUACUCUUCGAAAAUGUGGCAAAUGUAUUGCAGGACAGGAAUAAAGAUGUCAAGAUUAAA